AUGGCCGAUCAUUCCGCCGAGCGACCCGAAGAAACACCGCCGCGUCGCGACUUCAACAUCGGGCAGGAGGGGGGGGAACAUGCGACCGUCGCGACAGGCGGGUCGCUGCGAGAGACUCAUCCUCAAGCGGAAGAUGAAAAUGCGGCUACCACUUCUGGUUCCGGAGCUGGUCCUGGAGCAGGUGCUCCGACUACCGCACUGGUCGGUUUCGCAGCGGACCGCAUUCCCGCGCCGCCUGACGGCGAGGCCGUCGAAUUCAGGUUCUCGGAAAUUAGCAAAACAGCAUCCAACCGCCUAGCUUUCCUCGCGGGCAGCGGCGAGUAUGGCAGCUUUAACCUGCGCUAUCUCAUUCAGCAGCUGGUGGAGCAAUGCGCAGAUAUGCACAAUUACACGCGCAAGCUGGAGAAGUAUGUGGUGAAGCUGCAGCGUAGAGUCGAGGAGUUGGAGCAGCAGCAGCAACAGCAGCAGCAACAGCAGCAGCAACAACGGGACGCUGGGGCCCUCGGCGGCGGCGGCAGGCAUGAGUUACGUGAGCAGCGACUGCCGCCGCCUCAGACACAGCCUCACGGCGGCGGCGGUGGCGGCGGCGGCGGCGGCUCCGGAACCAGCGGUGGAACGAGCGGUGGCGGGGCGAGCGGCGGGACGAGCAGUGGCAGGGCUGGCAGCGGUGCGCCGCAGCCGCACCAUCCGGUCCCCGCCGCCUUUCUGCACCCUCAUCUGCAACUGGCGGGCCUUUUCGGACCCACGGGUCACUCAGGACAUGCCUUGGGAGGCGGCAAGCGCGCUCGCUCCCCACCGCCGGGCAGCGUCGAGGCUGCGGGAUCGUCCGUGGCUGCUGAGCAGGACGACGAUUGA